AUGAAUGCUUCUAUAAAACUAGGAAGAGGUUACAAUUUCCACAGACUCUUACCUAACAGGAACACUGCUACUAACAGGUGCAAUGAUACUAACAGGGACACUGCUACUAACAGGGACAAUGGUACUAACAUUGACAAUGCUACUAACAGGGACAAUACUACUAACAGGGACAAUGGUACUAACAGGGACAAUGGUACUAACAGGGACAAUACUACUAACAGGGACAAUGGUACUAACAGGGACAAUGGUACUAACAGGGACAAUACUACUAACAGGGACAAUGCUACUAACAGGGACAAUGGUACUAACAGGGACAAUGGUACUAACAGGGACAAUGGUACUAACAGGGACAAUGGUACUAACAGGGACAAUGGUACUAACAUUGACAAUGGUACUAACAGGGACAAUACUACUAACAGGGACAAUGCUACUAACAGGGACAAUACUACUAACAGGGACAAUGCUACUAACAGGGACAAUACUACUAACAGGGACAAUGCUACUAACAGGGACAAUGGUACUAACAUUGACAAUGGUACUAACAGGGACAAUACUACUAACAGGGACAAUGCUACUAACAGGGACAAUGGUACUAACAUUGACAAUGGUACUAACAGGGACAAUACUACUAACAGGGACAAUGCUACUAACAGGGACAAUGGUACUAACAUUGACAAUGGUACUAACAUUGACAAUGGUACUGACAGGGACAAUACUACUAACAGGGACAAUGGUACUAACAGGGACAAUGGUACUAACAGGGACAAUACUACUAACAGGGACAAUGGUACUAACAGGGACAAGGCUACUAACAGGGACAAUACUACUAACAGGGACAAUACUACUAACAGGGACAAUACUACUAACAGGGACAAUGGUACUAACAGGGACAAUACUGCUAACAGGGACAAUACUGCUAACAGGGACAAUGGUACUAACAGGGACAAUACUGCUAACAGGGACAAUGGUACUAACAGGGACAAUACUGCUAACAGGGACAAUGGUACUAACAGGGACAAUACUGCUAACAGGGACAAUGGUACUAACAGGGACAAUACUGCUAACAGGGACAAUGGUACUAACAGGGACAAUACUGCUAACAGGGACAAUGGUACUAACAGGGACAAUACUGCUAACAGGGACAAUGGUACUAACAGGGACAAUGGUACUAACAGGGACAAUGGUACUAACAGGGACAAUGGUACUAACAGGGACAAUGGUACUAACAGGGACAAUACUACUAACAGGGACAAUGGUACUAACAGGGACAAUGGUACUAACAGGGACAAAGGUACUAACAGGGACAAUGGUACUAACAGUGACAAUGCUACUAAUAGGGACAAUGCAACUAAUGGACAAUACUACUAA